AUGGCCAACCAAUCGAAUCCUGUGAAAAAAGUUCCUAUUCAUUUACAGAGCUCUCAAAACCGUAUUUUGAUCAAAAAUGGAAAAAUUGUUAAUGCAGACAAAAUGGUAGACAGCGAUGUUUAUAUUGAAGAUGGCGUCAUUAAAAUGGUUGGUUGCAAUCUAAUUAUACCGGGAGGUACAAGAGUUAUUGAUGCAACAUCAAUGUUGGUUAUGCCAGGUGGUAUAGAUCCUCACACGCAUUUGGAAUUAGAAUUUAUGGGAGCAGUAUCUGUGGAUGAUUUUUAUCAAGGAACUAAAGCUGCAAUAGCUGGUGGAACAACAAUGAUAAUUGAUUUUGCGUUACCAAGUAAGGGCGAGUCUUUAUUAGAUGCUUAUCAUAAAUGGAGAACACGUGCAACAAAUAAAGUCUGUUGUGACUAUGCUUUACAUAUAGGUGUUACUUCGUGGUCAGAUGAGGUGAAAAGAGAAAUGGAAGAACUUUGUAAAUUGCAUGGAGUAAACUCUUUUAAGAUGUUUAUGGCAUAUAAAGGAGUUUUUAUGGUGAAUGAUUCUGAAUUAUACAACAGUUUUGAAACAUGUAAAGAGCUUGGUGCAAUUCCAAUGGUACAUGCUGAAAAUGGAGAUAUAGUGUUUGAAAACACAAAACGGUUGUUAAAGUCUGGUAUUAAUGGACCAGAUGGACAUGCAUUAUCUCGACCUGAAGAAGUUGAAGCAGAAGCCGUUAAUAGAGCUUGUACACUAUCAAAUCAGGUUGGAUCACCGCUGUAUGUUGUACAUGUUAUGAGUAAGGCAGCUGCUGAAGUUUUAGCAAAACAUCGUGCAAAACAAAUCAAACAAAAUGGGAAUACUAAAAUUUAUGGUGAGACAUUAGCUGCCGCAGUUGGAACACAUUGGGAUGAAAAUAAAUUAACAUGUUGGCAUGAUGCUGCAGCUCAUGUCUUAAGUCCGCCAUUAAGAGCUGACCCUGACACUCCGAAUUUUUUACUAAACAUGUUAGCCAGUGAUAAAUUACAAACAACAGGAAGUGAUAAUGCAACAUUUAACAAAGAUCAAAAAUCCUUGGGUAAAGGGGAUUUUACUAAAAUACCUAAUGGAGUUAAUGGAGUAGAGGAUCGUAUGUCUGUUAUUUGGGAAAAGGGUGUAGUUUCAGAACUUUUCGACCCAUGUCGUUUUGUUGCAAUUACCAGUACAAAUGCGGCAAAAAUUUUUAAUAUUUUUCCAAGAAAAGGUUGCAUAGAUGUUGGGUCAGAUGCUGAUAUAGUUGUGUGGAACCCGAAAGGAAAGCGCAUUAUUUCUGCAAAAACUCACCAUCAAGCGGUUGAUUAUAAUAUUUUUGAAGGAAUGGAAUGUCAUGGUAUUCCUGAGUAUGUAUUAGUUGGUGGCCGUGUUUGUGUUGAUGAAGGACAAUUAAAAGUUGUUCAAGGUCAUGGAAAAUAUGUUCCCACGCCUACACAUUCAGAAUUUGUGUACAACAAUGAGAAAGUAUCUGAAAUAGAAGUUAUUGAUGAAAGCAAAGAAAUCAAGGCAUUAAAAUUGCAAAUUUCUCCACCAUCGAGUGUCACAAGUGAUGUGUCUACCUGUACAAAAUCUCCCAUGAUUCAUACAGGGAAAGGAAUGCGUAUGGAAGGACAGCGAGAUCUCCAAAGCUCAACGUUUUCAAUCAGUUCCGAGUUUAAUGAUCCUGUUAAGAAGUCGAGUAUCCGUGUAAGAAAUCCCCCUGGUGGUCAGUCUUUAGGUUUUUGGUAA